UGGGCAGGCGGUGGCCGCCCGGCAGCUCCCGGGGCCACAUGGCUGAGGGGGACGCAGGCAGCGACCAGAGGCAGAAUGAGGAAAUUGAAGCAAUGGCUGCUAUAUAUGGCGAGGAAUGGUGUGUCAUUGAUGACUGCGCCAAAAUAUUUUGUAUUCGAAUUAGCGACGAUAUAGAUGACCCCAAGUGGACACUUUGCUUACAGGUGAUGCUACCAAAUGAAUACCCAGGUACAGCUCCACCUAUUUAUCAACUGAAUGCUCCUUGGCUUAAAGGGCAAGAACGGGCAGAUUUAUCUAAUAGCCUUGAGGAAAUAUACAUCCAGAAUAUUGGUGAAAGUAUUCUUUACCUGUGGGUGGAGAAAAUAAGAGAUGUCCUAAUACAAAAAUCUCAGAUGACAGAACCAGGCCCAGACGUAAAGAAGAAAACUGAAGAGGAAGAUGUUGAAUGUGAAGAUGAUCUUGUUUUAGCAUGUCAACCAGAAAAUCAAGUUAAAACUUUGGAUUUUGAUGUCAGUGAAAAUCGAACAGAAAUAGAAGAAUUACCUCCGAUUGAUCAUGGCAUUCCUAUUACAGACCGAAGAAGUACUUUUCAGGCACACUUGGCUCCAGUAGUUUGUCCCAAACAGUUUAUUUAUAUUGUUGCUGCUUUUAAGGUGAAAAUGGUUCUUGCCAAAUUGUAUGAGAAUAAGAAAAUUGCUAGUGCCACCCACAACAUCUAUGCGUACCGAAUAUACUGUGAGGAUAAGCAGACCUUCUUACAGGACUGUGAGGAUGACGGGGAAACAGCAGCUGGUGGGCGUCUUCUCCAUCUCAUGGAGAUUUUGAAUGUGAGAGAUGUCAUGGUGGUGGUAUCACGCUGGUAUGGAGGGGUUCUGCUAGGACCAGAUCGCUUCAAACAUAUCAACAACUGUGCCAGGAACAUUCUAGUGGAGAAGAACUACACAAAUUCACCGGAGGAAUCAUCUAAGGCUUUGGGAAAGAACAAAAAAUGUUCAUCAUGGAGUAAUGGAUUAAGUGAAAAUCCAGGCGUAUACACCUGCAGUUAA